UAAUUUGUUAUAAUAUUUUUAAAUUACAUUUUUAAAUUUUUAAAUUAUAAAAAGAAUAACAAUAAUAUAUUUAUAUUUUAAGAUAGAAUGAAUAUCGAUGAAAGAAAGAAAUAUUAUUUUUAUCAGAAAUUGAUCAUUUUCCAUCGAUAUUGUUUCCUAGACGACAAAUUCGCGAACAGGUAACAAACAAUAUACUUGACAUGGUGUACUACUACGUUAUCCAAGUUAGUCUUAGGCUCGCUUCGUACUGUAGUAUUUUGAGAACUUCAAUUUGUUCCUUUUUAAAGUUUUUAUUCUUAAUAGAUCGAUAUUUGCUAAAACUUGAGAAAUGUCCCUUGCAGAACAAUCAAUUUCAGAACAUGAAGUUAUUAUACCACCUAAUUUGCCACUAAUUUUAAAGGAAUUUUGUAAGGCGGCUAUUCGAACUCAACCGUACGAUUUACUUUUAUGGUCCAGUUCAUAUUUUCGAGCAUUGGCCGAUGGAGAAGAACCACCUACGAAAUUGAGAUUGGAAUAUCCACCACCGAAUACAGCUUCCGGUUUGACUCUCGGCUUCCUGAGAAUUUUACUUCGACAAUUUGGAGAUUAUAAUAAAUUUUUACCUGUGGAAACGAUUUUAAGACGAUGGGACUGCUUAUGUUUGGAUCGUCGAGAUUUAAAUUUGAUUUUGAUAAUAGGAAAAUUUCGACGAAAAUGCCAAGUAAAAAAAUUUUUGGCAAUCGCCGUUGGACUUUUAAGUUCAAGUCUCUUUGAAACAAUGCUUAUGAUUUGUGAAUUGUUCACUCAUGAACCUGAAGGUGGAUCUGCUAUGAUUCCUGUUACAUUUUUUUUGGAAAUAUAUGGAUAUUUAGCGGGACUUCGUUGUGAUGGAACUGAAAGAGAUCCUGCUGAUGAAGAUCCAACAGAAUUUAUUAUAUGGGAUUCUGAAUAUUUGGGAAUUCAAGAAAAAAACAAGGAAAAAUUUUUUAUAGAUCGUGCUUGUUCAGUUACGAGCCAAGAUACUGAAGCUGAUGUGAAUUUAGAUUUGGAAUUAGUAUCAAGAGAAGAUAUUGAUUCUUCAAGAACGGACAUAACACCACAAUUGAGCGACAAUUAUAUUAAUUACAAAAAAACAAUUGAAGAUGAAAUGAAACAAGAUUUAUAUAAUAAAAGAUUAUUGAAAAUGGAAUCUGAGACUUUUGUUAAUGAUGCUGAAUCAAGCAAAAAAAUAGAUUCUAAUGAUGAACAGAAAUUAAAUAAAUAUGAAAAUAUAUCUGCGAAGAACGCGACUAAUAGCAGUACAUCAGAAGAGAGUUAUAGUAAAAAACAUAGUAUACGAAGUACAGAAGAUAGAAAUGCAAGCGAAAAAAGAAAAAAGAAGAAAGCCUUAGAUUCAAAAAUACUCAAAUACUACCCCAAUGUUCCUGGUAUUGGACCUCGGCUAUCAGCUGAAGAAGUAGCUAGCGUUGCAAUAUGGUUGAGUGAAUGCGCAAAAGUACAGGAAGGUAUGGUUGGCCCGCGAAAUCUUCGGCAUAUGAAUUGUCCCCCUUUAGAUAGACAACAGACAUCGGACUCGUAAUAAAAUGCAAUAUGAAUUAAUAUGAAUUAACAACAAUUAAUAUGAAUUUGCAAAAGUUUUUAAAUAUUAAACAUAGAGCACAAUAUAAUGAUUAUAAACACAUCUUAUUUUAAAAGCAACUUUAUUUAAAAUAAAAAUUAGUUUAUAUUUUAAUUUUAAUAAUUAUUGGAUUAAAAGAUAUUUUAGUUUGAAUGAAUAUUCUUACAUAUUCAUUUUUUUAUCAAUAAAUAUUGAAUGUUAGAAAAGUAGAAAAAUAUAGAAGAAUAGGAAAUAUAUUUAUUUUUUUUAUAUUAUUUUGUUUAAUUUAUCAUCAUAUUAAAACAUAAUUUUAGUUUUUACAAUUGUAAUAUUAAUAACCAUUAAUAAUAAAAUGUACUUAUGUAAAAAUCAUUUAAUUCUAUAUAUAUAUAUAUAUAGAACAAAUAUGUAACUAUAAUAUUUUUUUUUAUUAUAUUUUUAUUAUAAUAUUGCUCAUUUAAAUUUAUAUUUUCUUUAGCAUUGAUGCAAUAAUGAUAUUGAUAUUAAAAUAAAAAUGAUAAAUCUAAUUCGAAAUUUUAUAAUAUUUUUUCACGAAUUUUUUUAAAUUAAUCAUUAAAAUACAAUUGAAUUGAUAUAACAUAUUUUCAACAAAUUUUUCGUAUUACAAAAUAAAAAAUAUUAUAAUUAUAGAAAAAUUAACGAAUAAUUUUUCUAAAAAUGGAUGUAAAUAAUGUUUAGGCAAUACAAAAUACAAUUUUAUUUAAAUUAUGUUAUUUACAGAUUUUAUUUUAAAAAUAAAAUAAAUACAAAUUUUGAAAUAAAA